AUGGCUCAAGAUUCAGUAGGCUUUUCUUCUGAUUACCAAUUUUGGAUGCAGAAACUUUCAUUGUGGGACCAGGCCUCCACUUUGGAAACCCAGAAAGACACCUGCCUUCAUCUGCCUCGAUUUCAGGAAUUCCUGAGGCAGAUGUAUGAAGUCUUGAAAGAGAUGGAUUCAAAUACGAUCAUUGAAAGAUUUCCCACAAUAGGUCAACUGUUGGCAAAAACUUGUUGGAAUCCUUUUAUUUUAGCAUUUGAUGAAAGCCAAAAAAUUCUAUUAUGGUGCUUAUGUUGUCUGAUUAAUAAAGAACCACAGAAUUCUGAAGAACUGAAACUGAACUCCUGGACACGGGGCUUGCUAUCUCAUGUACUGUCAGCGUUCAAAUUUGAUACAAAAGAAGUUGGUCUUUUUAUUCAAGGUCUUGGAUAUGCACCUGCAGAUUACUAUCCUGGUUUGCUUAAAAAUAUGGUUUUAUCGUUAGUGUCUGAACUCCGAGAGAAUCAUCUUAAUGGAUUUAACACUCAAAGGCGAAUGGCUCCUGAAAAGAUAAGGUUCCUGUCGCGAGUUUGUGUACCACUUGUAACUCUGCCAGAUAUCCAACCACUGGUGGAGGCUCUGCUCACCUACCAUGGACAUGAACCUCAGGAAGUGCUCUGGCCUGAAUUCUUUGAUGCUGUGAAUGAGGCCUUCUUGCUGAAGAAGAUUUCUCUCCCCACAUCAGCUGUCAUCUGCCUCUGGCUUCGGCACCUUCCCAGCCUUGAAAAAGCAACACUGCAUCUUUUUGAAAAGCUAAUCUCCAGUGAGAGAAAUUUCCUGAGAAGGAUCGAAUGCUUUUUGAAAGAUUCAUUGCUGCCUGAAGCAGCCUGCUACCCUGCCAUAUUCAGAAUUGUUGAUGAAAUGUUCAGGUAUGCACUCCUGGAAACCGAUGGAGCCCCAGAAGUACUAGCCGCUAUUCAAGUGUUUACAUGGUGCUUUGUGGAAGCUCUGGAAAAACAAAACAAGCAGCUGAAGUUUACACUCAAGACCUACUUUCCUUAUGCUUCUCCAUCUCUUGUUAUGGUGCUGCUUCAACACCCAAAAGAUAUCCCACAAAAACUGUGGCACCAGCCACUGAAACAUAUUUCUGAAAUGCUCAGAGAAAUAGUUGAAGACCAGACUCAUGGGUCCUACGGAGGCCCCUUUGAGUGCUGGUUUUUGUUCAUUCACUUUGGAGGAUGGGCUGACAUCGCGGCUGAGCAGUUAGUGAUGUCAGAAGCUGAACCCCCGGAAGCCCUGCUGUGGCUCUUGGCCUUCAGCCACAGUCCACGUGACAGGAGUCAGCAGCGAGCACAGACCAUGGUAGAGGUAAAGGCAGUGCUCAGCCACCUCAAGAAGCUGCUCAGAAGUCCAACUCUCUCAGCCAGGGAUCUACAGGCAGCAGCUGCAGAGAGCCAAGACAGAGACCCCAGACCACCUUCAUGUCAACAGCUGAUCAGGCACCUCCUCCUGAACUUCCUGCUCUGGGCUCCUGGAGGCCAUGCGAUUGCUCGAGAAGUCAUCACCCUUAUGGCUCCAACCGAUGAGCUAAGCCACGAGAUUGCUGGCUUUCUUGACCAGACCUUGUACAGAUGGGAUCGCCUCUGCCUGGAAGCACCCAGGUCAAGAAAACUGGCCCGAGAGCUCCUGGCUGAGCUGCACGGUCACAUCCAGCAUCGGCCGGCUGCACAUGGAGCUGCCGUGCAUGCAGCAGGCUCCCCGAGAUCUCGUGACGAAACAAUGAGACUGAUUCGUCGUGGAACGAGUAGUAAGGAUGAGCCAUAG